AUGGAUAGUGGUCCAUCCGGCGAACUGACAAAGCACAUGGGGAUUAAUUACUUGGCUCUCAACGAUCUCUUCGAGUUGUCUAACAGAAGGAAGGACAUUAUAACUUAUGAUAUUCAUGUUCAGAUGGUUGAAAUAUAUAAUGAGCAAGUGCGUGAUCUCCUUGCUGAGGAUUCAGCAUCCUCAAGAUUAAAGAUUCGAAGCUGUACCAGUGACGGUGGCUUGAGCCUUCCAGAUGCUACCAUGCAUUCUGUCAAGUCCACAGCUGAUGUGGUCAACCUAAUGAAAUUUGGUGAUGUGAAUCGUGUCGUCAGUUCUACAGCACUGAACAAUAGAAGUAGCCGGUCUCACAGUGUGCUGACAGUACAUGUUCAAGGGAAAGAUGUAUCUGGAUCCAUCCUCCGCAGUUGCCUGCAUUUGGUUGAUCUUGCAGGAAGUGAACGGGUAGAUAAAUCUGAAGUCACAGGAGAGAGACUGAAGGAGGCACAGUACAUUAACCGGUCUUUGUCUUGUCUGGGAGAUGUUAUCACAGCUUUGGCCCAGAAAAGCUCCCAUGUACCUUACUGCAAUAGCAAACUUACGCUUCUGCUGCAAGAUUCCCUAGGAGGAAAUGCGAAGACAUUGAUGCUGGCUCAUGUGAACCCUGAGAGAGAUCCAUUUGGGGAAUCAAUGAGUACCUUGAAGUUUGCCCGGAGAGUUUCAACGGUUGAACUUGGUGCUGCACGCAUGAACAAAGAGACCAGUGAGGUCAUGCAACUCAAAGAGCAGGUAAAUGUACUUGGGUAAUCUCUAUGCUUCAGAUGCCUUUCUGACAAUAAUCAACAUUACAAUUCUAGGGGC